GCGCACGCCACCCCCCCCCCCCCCCCCCCCUCUCUCUUUCUCUGUGUCCCUCCAUCGUUGAUUAUUCUCCAUCUCCAUGCUUGUUUAUCAUCAUCUUCUUGAAGAAGCUUUGCAGUAACAGGACAACUAUAGCAACCAACCAUCUGGGCGACCAUGGAAAUAGAGACUUCGAAGAAAAGUGCUAGAACGAGGCUUCAAAGUGAGCUGGCAGACUCAAAUUCGAAUCCCCCGGCCCAGAUUAGCUUCGGCCCUGCAACUGAUGAUGACGAUGGCAUGUUUCACUGGCAAGGCAUCAUUAUUGGGCCUAUGGGCACCCAUCUUGAGGGUGAUCUCUUCCACCUCUCCAUCCAGUUCCCCGUUGAUUACCCUUUCAGCCCUCCCCACAUCAAAUUCCAAACCCAGGUUUGUCAUCCAAAUAUAGGCGCAGAUGGCACUGUUCACAUCAACAUACUGACAGAUCAGUGGAGUUCUGCCCUCACCGCUGAGAAGUUGCUGCUUUCCGUUUGUUCGCUUCUCCUGGAUCCAAUUCUGGCUGACAGACCAAUUUUGAAUCUUUAUCAGGAACAACAGGAAGACCACAACUAUUACCGGAAACAAGCACGAAGCCCCUGGUGGAACAAACGGUACGUCACAUCAAAAUGGUGUAGUCGAACGGAUGAACAGAACCUUGAUGAAAAAUGUACGGUGAUAUGGAGGUGCUGGUCAAGGAUCAACUCACUUGUUAAUGCUCACAGCUACAGCUCGAAGCGCGGAAGGAAAAAGAGGCUGUCGGUGCACUGUUCUAUUUGAAAGUUGAUGAAUAUAAAUGAUUUCUUCGUGUAGUUUGAAGGGUUACUUUGUUGUCUUUGUGCCCACAAGUUUUGGUUGAUCGAUCAUUAUUCUGCUUCUUUCCUCUGUCUAUAUGAUAGCCCAAGUUGGCAGUUCUUCACAGCAGAUGCUGUGUUGUUAGUUAA